UAAACGAAUUUUGAAAAAAAAAACUAUUAUAGUGCCAAAGUAAAAAAAGGAUGAAUCGUAAUGCAUUCCCAGUAAAUUUAACAAAAACAAUGUCGGACAGCGAAGAAGAUAGUUGUACCUCGGUGGACUGGACCGUAACAGAAGAAUGGUUAGAGACAAUAUUAAAAGCACAUCAUGAAGAACAAAUCAAAACGGAUAAAGAUGAUUUAGAAACGGAAUGUAAAGUGAAAAUAUUGGAAUUUGUUGUACGACCAGGAUGUGAUACUGGUGAAAGUGUUUUAAGUGAUAUAUUAAGUGUAUACGUUGAAUAUACAAUCAAUAAUACGAAAUCGGAACAUCAAUCUUUGAAUUUAAUCAUUAAAUUAUUACCGCAGGAUCCAUUUAGUCGAUUUUUUGUUACUGAAGCUCAAUUUGACUUACGAGAAAUUAAAUUUUAUACACAGGUUGUUCCUGAUUUAGAAAAAUUUCAAAAAACAAAUUUAAUCGCUGGCGAAGAUCCAAUUGAAUUUCCAAUACCAAAAUGUUACCACGCACAUUAUUCAGCUGGACGUAACGAACCCGAUCAAAGUCCAAUACCACCAGAAUCAGUAUUAGUUCUCGAAAACAUUAAACCGCAUGGAUUUUCAAGUGCAAAUUUUUCACGUGGUUUAACAUUACGACAAACAACGGCUGCAUUACAAUCGAUAGCAAAAUUACAUGCGCUAUCAUUAGCGUUAAAAGUAAAAGAACAAAAACCGUUAUCGGAACGUUAUUCGUUUUUAUUUCAAACAGCUCGGGCCACUGAUUCAUAUCAACAAUUAGUUGAACGAGGUCUUCCACAAUUAUCACGAUUCUUAGAACGUAGACCUGGUUUAGAAGAUGUUAUUAACGCGUUAACGAAAAUCCGUUCAAAUACAAAGGAUUUAAUCGAAAAUUUAUUAACACCAGAAGAACCUAUGGCACUGAUCACUCAUAUCGAUUUUUGGUGUAAUAAUUUAAUGUUUCGUGAGGAUACGAAGAAUGCCGAAUGUGCGAUUUUAGAUUGGCAAAUGGUGACGUACAGUCGACCAACUAAUGAUGUUGCGUUAUUGUUAAUUAGUUCCGUACCAUCCGAGUUACGACGACUACACACGGAAAACCUGUUAAAUACUUAUUGGGAAUCAUUAACAACGUGUACAAAGAAAUUGGGUUUAAAUAUCGAAAAGGAUUUAGGUUAUACAAUAAGUAAUUUAAAAAGUGAUUAUCAUCGAUCCCAAUUAUUAGCCUUAUUACUGUGUAUUGGAUCUGUAGAUGUGGCUCUAGGUGAUCCAUUAACCGAACAAAGACUUUUAGAUGUGUUACAAGAUUUAUAUGAAGAUGGUGUAUUAUCUAUUGAAACACGUCAAGAUUGAACACGUUUUUCUUUAACGUUAUUUCCGAAUUUUUUUUGCGCUUAUGUAAUGCUGCUUUUUUUGCGCGCGCUUCAUUUAGUGAAAAACCUGCUCAAAUUUUUUAUUUAAACAAA